GCAAGCCGAUGACAGCUCAGCUACAUUUGACAUCGGUGAACGACCAGAACGAAAACAAUAACAUUCCAAGCAAAGUUGCUUUGUGUGGUUGCGGUUCUCACGCAGCUCGUACAACAUAAUCCACAUUUCGCUUAGCUUCUUCCGGUCAGGCGUACAUAAUGUUGGCCAUGUUUUGAAUGCUUCACCGUCAGUAUGACGUCGUGUCGAGACAUUCUACUGACCGGCAGUACGGCCACCGACCCGUACUCGGAAUGGAACAACACGUGCCGGACGUGUUUGCAGGCGGGCGAAACACGGUCCAUCUUCGAGCUGGAGGCUUGUUCGCCGAUGUCCUACGCGGAAAAGGUGAUGCAGUGUGCGAGUGUGGCUAUCCGCGAGCACGACAAUCUUCCCGACCGAAUCUGUACGCAGUGCAUCGACGAUCUGAACGUGGCGUACCGUUUCCGGUUGAACUGUCUAGAGGCAAAUGCAUUGCUGCUAGGAGCGAACAACUUCGACUGUUUCGAAGCGAAGACGAAGGAGAGGCAGGCGGCGGAAGUUGCACCGUGCUCACCGGAUGACGGGCGGGACCAGAUAGCGAUACAGAUGGAUUCCGGUGUGAUUUAUACGUAUAAACCACCGAUCGGGUUGGAUGUAAAACUGACCCAACCGAGUGCGGACGACGGGGCGAAGAGCGCACCUACUAUGACGAUGAUCGAUCCGCCAUCGAUGUCAAACGCCGCAACCGAGGACGAUAGCAUGCUGCUCACCAUGGAUACGACGCUACCGGCAGAGAAACGUGACGAAAUAGAGUACAUUAUCUAUGUGAAAGAUGACAACGAUGAGCAGGAAUCUACACUGCCGACGAUGAAAGCAAAUGCCGCACCAAUGGAACCUGCCAUCCAUUGGGAACACACUGAGCAAACGGUAGUCGACAAUCGAAACCAUUCCACCGGACAGAAGCGCGUAAAAACGUUGCAAACCAUCCGCAAAACGAACCGACCGAACGAGAUGAAACCAACAAUCGAAACCGUCACCUCACAGCCGGUAACGGACGGUACCGGCGGUAUGGAGACGGUGAUACGCGUGAAACGCAACCUGGCCGGCCCGAAACCAUCGUUCCUGUGCAAAAUCUGUGAUGUGACGUACAAACAUAAGCAUGCGCUCGAUACGCACAUGCGGCGCCACCAGGGCGAUCGGCCGUACAAAUGUGAGCACUGCGAUAAAUCGUUUGUCGUGCCGUUCGAACUGCAACGUCACGCACGCAUCCACACGGGACAAAAACCGUACAAAUGUCGGUACUGCGAGCGAGCGUACUCGGACUUUGGCAGCAAAACCAAGCACGAGCGUACGCAUACCGGUGAGCGACCGUACGUGUGUGACUAUUGCGGUAAAUCGUUCUCGUACUCGCACGUGCUAAACAGUCAUCGGCUGACGCACACUGGGGUGAAGAAAUUCGGCUGCACAAUCUGCGGCAGACGGUUCGCCAAAUCGCACCAUUUGAAGUCGCACCGCAACACGCACCAAACGCAAUCGCUUGUCGCAACCGUGACAGCGUCGGAGGAGGAUGGUCUAGUUGAACUGCACGGUGAGAACAACAACAUCAAGCAGGAAACGGUGGAUGUCGUGUAUUCGGCCCUGCUUCAGGAUGAGUUGAUCGCAUCGAACGAUGUGCUUCCGAUGAACGAAACCACUCCACUGCUGCUCGGCCCGCAAUCGGACGGCGGAGGUGUGCUUGUCGAUGUGUUUCCGGACACCGGCGCUGGACUGAUCCCAACCGAAUGGUCGAUGGUGGACGGUGGCGUGAAGGGAGAGCACACGGGUCCGUCCGUGGUAACGAUCACACCGGAGGAGUUGGAAAAUGUGUCCAUCGUUACCUUCAACGAUUAUAUGAUGAAAACAGCCGGGCUGGACGGUUUUUUGGUUGAGGACGAGCCGGCAGACGUCGGGGAUGUGUUGGUGGAGCGACAAAUGAUGGACAGAUGAUUGGCGGUAAUGCAAAUGGGUGGAUGAACGCUCCAGAAGGUAGGCCCCGGUAUCGGUAAAGCAUCCUGAUCGUGAACAAUCAACCGCGCGGUUAGCGAAUAGGCAAGGCGGCGAGAUCGAGCCUGGUUCUGGAACCAAAUAUAGUUACGAAUAGCAUUGACUGAUGGAGAAGUACAAUUAUCUCAUAGGAAAAGAUCCAGUCCAUGGUCGAUCUGGCAGCCCUAACCUCACAAUCAGACCACCCCAGUAUGAGAAAAAGUCCAACUUUUGUUUGUGUUUAUAAAAUACGUGAUUAUGCUUUAAUUUCAUUGCGCUUCCGUUUUUCGUUGUAUAAGUUAUUGCUUGCUUUCCGAUAUGCUAUCGUGGUAAAUCGAACAGGUUAAAAUGACGUUAGAAGUCAUAGGAGCUUUCCUCGCUUUCCUCGCUUUUUCAUCAAAUCUCCGAAUCUAUCCUUGAGCUUCUUUCGUUGAGUUUCAAUUAAAAUAUCAUUUGUUCAGCAUCGCUGCGCCCUUAUUCCUUAUUCUUUAAGACGGUAAUAAAUACUUGUCGAAUAUUAUC